AUGUCGAAUCCAUUUUUAAUUCUCUCUGAUUCAUCAUCGACUUCAACAAAUCCAUAUUCAACAUCAUCUUCAAAGACAGUUUCAAUCAAUAAUGAUUCUUCAUUGUCUUCAACUAUUUAUAAAGAUAUUCUUGAAUAUGUUCUUCUAUGUACUAUCGAUGAAGAACCAUCAUCAUCACUUAUUUAUUUAGCUGAAUUAGCUGUCGAAUUACCUGACAAUUGGAAUAAGAAUUUUAUUGAUCAAGCUUUAUUUGAACGUCUUCAUAUGCCGGAUCCAUCAAGUCACUUAUUAACAUCAACAACAAAACAAUCAACAAUUAGAAAUGAUAUGAAUAUUAUUACUGAAACUCGUUGUUUACAUUAUUUAGCUGGAUGUUAUCAAAGAUUAUUACGACAACGUGAUCAUUUUAAAUUGGUGCUUGAAGAUAUUAGAAAAUUAUUUAUUGAUCAUACAAAAACAGCAAUUAGUUUACCAGAUCUUUAUGACGGUCAAGAUUUAUCUAAACAAUGGUUAGAAUUAUUAAUUGAUGGUCAAGAAAAUCCAGUUUUAUAUGAAUAUAUCGAUUGUAUUAAUAAUGAUUGUUUAUCGCCAAUAACCGAUGAAAUUGAAAUUCUUUAUAGUUCUGUCUUUCGUCAUAUGUAUAAAAUGAUUCAACCAUUUGAUUAUUUUUCUACUGAACUUAUUACAUAUAUUGAUGCAUUAAAAUAUUUAGCAAAAUGGUCCGGACUUAUCAUCUUUCGAUUAUCUCAUCCAAAAACUGUAUCUAAUCGUUCUAUGCAAAAUCUUUUUGGAUCAUCAGAUGGUGGUCGUGCAUUUGAAGAUACAUUAGUUGGUAGUCUUCUUUCAAAAUCAUGUUUACCUUCACUACCUGGAAAACCUUAUUUAUUCUUUGAAAAACCGAAAGUAAUGAGCGAACAUGAUGUUGAUUUAACAGCUAAAACAAUGUGGCAACCAAUGCGAACAUAUCAACAAAAUUUAUCUGAUUUAUUUUUGGCAUUUGUAAAAAAUGGUGAUGUACGUAAUGAUAUAUUAAAAUGGAUUGGUGAUUGUUUAGUAGAAAAUCGAGGCAAAAAUAAAGAAUGGUCAUCACAUAGUCUUUUAACUGCUUAUGUAUUUGUUAGUGAUGGAUUUUUAUUGAAUUUAAAUCUUAUUUUACUUAAUCUUGCACGACCUUUUUGUGAACCAUAUUCAUCAAAAUUAUUAAAAAUUAAUCCUAUUUAUGUAAUUAGUCAAAAUGAAAAUGUUCAUUUAAAAGAUCUUUAUAAAGAUACACCAAUAAUUGUUCGUGAUGAAGAAAAUACUAAUGAAAAAAAUAAUACAAUAACAUUUAAUUUUAUAACAGAAAUUUUUUUUAUGUCACAUCUAAGUUAUUCAUGUUCAGUACAAAGACUUCAUCGAAAGCUAUUAAAAAUUAAUGAAGAAUUAUCACAAGUACAACAUGCAUAUAAUGAUGCUACUAGAUUAAAUGGAGUUAAUGAUGAAAAUGUACAAAGAUUAGAAGAUGCAAUGGAAAAAGGUCUUACUGCUUUUCUUAAUAUAAAAACUGUACUUAAUGAACCAUGUCUACUCGAAUUAUCGAAUGCUUUAUUUACUGCCAGUUGUUCAUGGCUUGUUCAUCUUGCAUCAUUAUCUGAUCAAAUCGAAAAUGUAGAAACAAUACAAAUGAUUAAACAAUUACCACUAAUAUCGAAACCAAAUCGACAAUUAAGUUAUAUUCCGGAAUUUAUCAUGGAAAAUAUAACAGAUUAUUUAAGAUUUCUUGGUCGAUUCAAUGUACAAUUAUUUGAAUCUCUUUCAAAUGUUAAUGAAUAUGUUACUCUUGUUCUUGUAUUUAUGGGUGAUGCAAGUCGUUUACGUAAUCCUCAUUUACGUGCUGCAUUAGCUGAAGCAUUUGAAGCUAUUUUACCAAAUAAACAAAAUGGUGGUGGUCGAACAUUAAAUAGUGCAUUUGCUGAAACUAUUUUUACUCAUCAUCCUUUAAUUGAACAUUUACCACGUGUACUUCUUGAUGUAUUUGUAUCAAUUGAAUUAACUGGACAAGCCGUAGCAUUUGAACAAAAAUUUAAUUAUCGUCGUCCAAUGUAUGAAAUAUUAGAAUAUCUUUGGAAAUUUGAUAAACAUCGAGAACAAGUGAAAAAACUUGCAUCCUAUGCAGAAGAACAUAUUGAUGAUGCUGAAGCUCCACUUUUCUUACGUUUUAUUAAUUUACUUAUGAAUGAUGCAAAUUUUUUAUUAGAUGAAGCUUUAUCUCAUAUGACUCGUUUAAAAGAAAAUCAAGAAGCCAUGGAUCGUGGUGAAUGGAAUAGUAUGCCUCCUCAACAAAGACAAGAUCUUGAAAAUACAUUUCGACAUACAGGUCAAAUGGCUCGAUAUACAAAUAUUAUGGGUCUUAAGACAUUAAUUAUUCUUGAUAUGAUAACACAAAAUAUUCAAUCAAUAUUUUGUCAACCAGCUAUUUGUGAACGACUUGCUUUAAUGCUUAAUUAUUUUCUUCAACAUUUGGUUGGACCUAAAAGACGUAAUUUAAAAGUACGAAAUCUAAGUGAAUAUCAAUUUGAACCACAAAAACUUGUUGCAAAAGUAACAGAUAUUUAUUUAAAUUUUUCUCAACAUGAUGAAUUUUAUGCUGCUGUAUGUAAUGAUGGAAUGUCUUAUAAUGAACAAUUAUUUCCACAAGCAGUUGAAGUACUUGAUCGUAUUGGACAUCCAAGAGAAAGAAUUGAUGCUUUUCUUAAACUCACUGAACAUAUUAAAAAUGUUGCUGCACAACAAAAAGAAAAUGAUGCAGCAUAUGAUGAUGCACCAGAUGAAUAUCUUGAUCCAAUCACAAGUACUCUAAUGAUUGAUCCUGUUAUGUUACCUAGUUCUCGACAAAUUAUCGAUCGUGCAACUAUUGCUCGACAUCUUCUUAGUGAUCAAACAGAUCCAUUUAAUCGAAAUCCAUUACGUAUGCAAGAUGUUAUCCCACAAACGGAAUUAAAACAAACGAUCGAACAAUGGAAGACAUCACGACGUCAACAACAGUCAUAA